AUGGUGUCCGUGGGCACUCCUGAAAACUGUAAAAAAUUGAUUGAUCACCUCGGUGUCCCCAAUGGAGCAAAGUACCUUUUUGUAGACCCCGAGAAUUCCAUUUAUGAUGCAUUGUACUUGAACCGAGGAGUCAAGGAGACUUUCUUUUCCGUGAGCACCCCUUUUGCAUUCCUGGAUAGGUUUACAAAGAAGGAUGGCACGAAAGAUUUGCUGGAGGUUUUGCUCAAGUGGAACAAAGGGCUUUAUAUUCCCCCGAGACUAGAGCAGGGUCUCCUGCAGGGAGGAACAUUUGUGUUUGACGGACCCAAAACCCUGUUUGCGCAUUACGACGAAUCCACCGCAGCACACGCCUCCCUAGAAGAAGUCAUUCCACUGGCUUGCAAUGCUGUCAAGAAACAGGAACUGGCCUUGAACUAG